AUGGAGAAAACCCAAACAAAAAAAAAUAACAAUAGAAGAAGAAUGGCAAACUGCUCUCCACUUUCUGGGAAGCUAUUCAUUUUAUCUAUUAUAUUAAUAUUACCAUAUAUAGUUAAUUAUGCACCUAACAAUGAAAACAGCCACAAUGUAUCAUUUUCAACAAACAAAGACCUUAAAAGGUUUUUAGCAGAACCUGCAGAGGAACUUGAACUUGAUCUCAACAACGCCCCCGAAGAUGAGUUAGAACCUAACCUCGAAGAUAAUGAUGAAUUUGAGGGCGAAGAUGAUGAAAACAAUGAUGUCAGUUCUGAACGAGAUGAUGAUGAUUACUUUUCUGACCCAGAAUCUUGUCUUGCAUCCGACUCAGAUUAUGAUGAUGAUGAUGAUAUGGAUUUUGACCACCCAUCUACCCUUGAGUACGAAUAUGAAUCUGACCCCGAAUUUGACAAUAACGACGACCCAGAAUUUGACAAUAACGACGACCCAGAAAUUGACAAUAACGACGACCUCGAAGCUGGCGAUGAAUCAAGAGACCUCGAAGCCGGCGAUGAAUCAAGGGAGCUCGGAGCAAGACCUAAGUUCUUUAGAAAGUCAAGACAAAAUAAUAAUGCAUUACAUAGAGCAAGAGCUAAUGAUGUUGAUUCUGACGAUGAAUUUGAUGAUGAUGAAGAUAAUGCCGAAGUUGCCCAUGCACCAAGAAAUAGGCCCUUUAGAAAGCCAAAAAAUAAUAAUAAUGAGGAAGAUCAAGUAGAAGAAGGUGAUAUUGACGUUGAUAGAGCAAUGGCAGAAGAAUCAUUAGGUCAACUUUUUUCAAAUAUUGAUCCAGAAGAAAUUCAAAAUGCAUUUUUGUCAUCAUUACCUUUUAUGAUAAAUUUAGGUGGAUUCGGAAAUUUGGCAAACGCAAAUGCAUUGACUAAUGAUGAAAAUGACCCCAAAAAACAGGCAAAGAUUGAUGAAAAAGUUAAUACAGUCGACAAGAUGUUAGAAGAACUCAUAGACGAUUUUAAUUUAUCUGAAUCUAUACAAGAAAACAUGGCUGAUAUUCAAAAUGUUGCUCAACAAUUGCAACAUGACCCCAAAUCUGUUUCUCCCGUAAAAUUAGUCAAGGUUAUUGCAUCCCUAGCUAAUUCAAUAGCACAAUCAUGCUUGGAUGAAAAUGGAGAAAUCGAUCCAAAUAAAGCUGAAGCCAGCGCUCACUUAAUGAAAGAAAAAUUAGAUAAAAUAGUUGACGAAGCAAAUAAACCAAUAUCAGAAGAUUAA